GUUCACGCUAAGGCAUCGGAGGUUUGGAGUAGUAAACAAAUGAAGAGCAAAAUGCAAUUCAGCCAUCAUUUCUAUGAGUUUUUCGCAUUCCAAAGCAUGAGUGCAGCUGUAAGUCGACUUUUAAAAUGUGUCACAUAGGUUACGGUAAGUAUUACGCAGGUUACGUAUUCUUGUUGACGUAUGUUCCCUGUGAAAUAUGCGAGUGUGGCGGCUGCGCGUGCAUAAGAGCUUAAUUCCUUGCAGGUGAAUUUGAAUUACGCAAGUACAGUUUUUCCAUUAUCGUUAUAUAGGCCCAUAUUAUAAUUGUUUCCUUUAUCUUCAUCGUUUUGUUUAAGAGGUUGACCUUGAGCAAUGACAGAACUUGUGUCGAGAGAAAAUUUUCGGGCUUUAUUUGUAGUUUUCCAAUAGCUGGACCGAAAUGAGCUUCCUUGGCUAAGAAUUCAGCACCAAUCCUUGUUAUAGCAGCAGUUACUGCAGUUCAAAGAGGCUUCAUGUGAUAACACGACGAUUAAAGAAAGUCCAAGCAGGGCAUCGGGGGUGUUAAAAGUAUAAAAGUGGCAUUAAAUUAAGGUUCGACAUUCCUUUAAGCACGACCGUAGCUGGAGAAACACAUAUUGGCUCUUUUGUUUCACGCCCAGAGUAGAAAGUUGUUCAAAGUUCAGGAGGCGUAAACUGAAUGGGACUAUAUUCAGCUGUUGUUUCCAGUUGAAGGUUGAAUCUUUCAGGACUUUUGCAGCUGCAACACUGAAUCGUUUCUUUUCAUCACAAUGAUUGCAUAUAUUCUUUUUACGCUGUUGGCUGUUUUGCCAUUGUUGCUUUACUGGAGAAAUCCUUACAUCUUUUAUGACUUACGUUACGCAAUAACUGCAAUUAAAAUUGGCGUAAACAUGGGCAAGUUCAAGAGGAAGAAGCCUUUGUAUACUGUUUUGGAUAGUUUUUUGGAUAAAGUAUCGAGGCAGCCCCACAAGAAGUUUAUUCUUUUCGAGGACACCUCCUACACUUACAGCCAGGCCGACAAGGAGAGCAACAAAGUGGCCAGAGCUCUGACCACGCACGCGCAGUUGAAGGAGGGGGACACGGUGGCUAUGUUCCUGGGGAACGAGCCGCAGUUCGUGUGGGUCUGGCUCGCGCUGGCCAAACUGGGAUGCAUCGCUUCUUUGCUCAAUUGCAACAUCAGAUCCAGAUCUCUGCUGCACUGCUUCUCCUGUUGUGAGGCCAAGGUCCUGGUGGCUGGUGCGGACUUGAAGGGGGCUGUUGAGGAGGUCUUGCCUUCCCUGAAGCAGCAGGGUGUCCGUGUCUUCAUCCUUAGCGAGGACUGUGAUGUGGAGGGCAUCGAACCCCUCUCAGACAAAAUCCAGAAGGCCUCAGAUGAGCCGCUGUCACCUCAUCUGAGGGCCAACAUUGACUUCAAGAGCCGUGCACUGUACAUCUACACCUCAGGGACCACAGGGCUUCCAAAGGCAGCAGUCAUUAACCAUGAGAGACUAUGGAUGGCUACUUUUUUCCAGUCCAUGGCAGGCGUUGGUGCAGACGAUAUCGUCUACAUUUACCUUCCUCUUUAUCACAGCGCUGGACUUCUGAUGGGACUCUGUGGAUCCAUUGAAAAAGGCCUCACUGUUGUUUUAAGACGUAAAUUCUCAGCCUCCCAGUUCUGGAAUGACUGUAGGAAGUACAAUGUCACAGUUAUUCAGUACAUUGGAGAAAUUAUGCGCUACCUCUGCAGCACACCAAAGAGAGACAAUGACAGAGAUCAUAAAGUCCGGCUGGCGAUGGGGAACGGGAUUAGAGCUGACACCUGGGUGGAAUUCUUGCAGCGGUUUGGAGACAUUCGCAUCUGUGAAGUUUACGGAGCCACAGAGGGAAACGUUGGUUUUGUUAACUAUGUCGGCAAAGUUGGAGCGAUUGGCAAAGAGCAUUUUCUACACAAGAUGAGCUGUAAAUACGCCCUCAUCAGGUACGACACAGAGAAAGAGGAGCCGGUCAAGGACUCCAGAGGAUUUUGUAUCGAAGUCCCCAGAGGAGAGACUGGUCUGUUGGUGGCAAAGAUUGGUUCUACAGCCCCAUUCAGUGGCUAUGCUAAGAACCAGCAGCAGACAGAGAAGAAGAAGUUGAAAGAUGUGUUUGUGAAAGGAGAUCUGUAUUUCAACAGCGGAGACCUCCUGAGGAUAGAUGACGAGGGGUUCGUCUACUUUCAAGACCGCAUUGGAGACACUUUCAGGUGGAAAGGAGAAAAUGUGGCAACCACAGAGGUGGCGGAUCAUUUGCUGGUGGUUGAAUGCAUUGAGGAGGCUAAUGUCUAUGGCGUGAAAGUGCCAGGACAUGAGGGGAGAAUUGGAAUGGCAGCCCUGAGGCUGAAAGAAAACAUGGACUUUGAUGGCAAAGCUACAUAUCAGCAGGUCAAACACUACCUCCCUAGCUACGCCAGACCACGCUUCAUUCGCAUACAGAAUGCUCUGGAGUUAACCGGGACGUUUAAGCAGAUGAAGGUGAAGCUGGCUGAAGAGGGCUUCAACCCGGCUGUCAUCAAGGAUCCGAUGUUCUACCUGGAGGACAAUAAGGGCUAUGUACCUAUGACUCAGGAGAUGUUUGACGCAAUCGCAGAGGGAAGAACAAGGCUCUGAUUUCAGUGAUUUUUAUUAGACUGUCAGUCUCAAAUACAUUUCAUAUGUAAUCUUUUGAUAAAAUAAGAUGCUAAAUAAUGAGAAAUGAGGUGCACAUUGUACAUUCAGCACAGAAAAUUCCACAAACACUUUGUAUUUUCAGGAGAAUUUUGUACACCAAAACAUUUCAAUGCAUGUAAUUUUAG